AUGAAUUGCCUUCUACUACAGCUAAGCCUGGCCUUGGCGCUCUGCGUCCUCAUCGCCCCCUCCGGCAGUCUGGCCAAUCGUCGCACCAUCUAUCGUGUGGGACAUCGCGACUCUGAUCCGCAGGCCGAGGCCCGGUUCACCACGGCAAUUGCAAAUAAGCUGACGGCACUGAAGACUAGCAGCACCACAACAACCGUUGCCGCAGCCACCGCCACCACCCCCACGACGGACACUACCACCUCGUCCCCGACGGCCCCAACCACAACCGCCACCACCGGCACCACCACCCCAACCACCACGUCCCCAACCACCACCACUAGGCGCUCCUUCGGCCUUAGCCCCGCGGUGGAGGAGGAGGAGGUGGAGGAUGUAGAUGAUCUAGAUGAUGACCUUGCCCGUUCCUAUGCCGGGGAAGAUGACGUCGACGACGAUGAUGAUGACGAUGAUGAGGAUGGUGCCGCUCUGGCGGGUAACGGUGGUGCCGAUGAUGAGGAUGAUGUCGAUGAUUAUUAUAUGCUAGCCUCCGCAGCUCAACCACAGCAGCAGCAGCAGCAGCAUGUGGCAUCCGCUUCCGCUUCCGGUGGUGCCGUGGUGCGACCCACAGAGAUGCAGUGGCGUCAAUUCCAGGCCGCUCAGCGCAAUCGUCGUCGCAUUCAGCGGCUGCAGCGGGAGCAUAAUCAACGCAUUCGCGGCUUAUUGCGCCGCCAGCGUCAGCAGCAGCGGCGCCAGCAGCAGCGCUUGCGUAGGCAGAGGCAGCAGCACCGUCGCCGGAACAAUCAACGUCAGCGUCGCAACCGGAACCGUUCGCAGGCGCAGCGUCAGCGUCGUCGGCAGAGCAAUGCCGCCCGUCGUCGUCGUCGCGAGCAGCAGCGUCGUCGUCGGCAGCAGCAGCAGCAGCGUCGCCGUUUCAUGCGUAUACUGCGCCGUCGACGAUGA